GUCACCCACUUUCAUAACAAAAAACAAAAUUUCCAAAUUAUCAUCAAAACAACUGCCAUUGCAUGAUUGAGGACUUGUGGAUUCUGAGGACCCACUGCCAGAUCGAAUGGCGUCAGAGGAGCGGGAUGGGGACGACGUGCUCCAGUUGCAUCCCGAGGAAAUCGGGGAAAAUGACAGACAGCUGCCCACGGAAAUCGAGCGGUGUACUGGCCUGAGUUAUAACGAUUUCUUUUGGCGUUAUAUGCACAAGAAUUUCCCGGUCAUCAUAACGGACGUCUCCAACGACUGGGAGUGCCAGAACUGGACCGUUUUCCAGGAAUCCCGGGAUCUCAACUCCAAUCCGAGUCCGUCUUCCAUCAACUUUGACUACCUCAAAACCAAGAUAUCCAACUGCCCGGUUCCAGUCGCCGAUUGUAAUUCAUCGUAUUUCAAUAGUCAUACAAAGCUGGAGCUGAACUUUCACGAUUACCUGGAGAAAUGGAGGAAUGGCAUUGAAAAUCACCCAUCAUCAUCGUCGCAGGAAGUCAAUAGUAAUGUGGAUCCCAGGGACAAUCUCUACCUCAAGGACUGGCAUCUGGCCGCCCAAAUGCCGGGAUAUAACUUCUAUAAGGUGCCUAAAUACUUUGCCUCCGAUUGGCUCAACGAACAACUGAUUGACCAGAAGAAGGACGACUACAGAUUCGUCUAUAUGGGACCCAAGAACUCAUGGACAUCCUACCAUGCCGAUGUGUUUGGCUCCUUCAGUUGGUCCACCAAUAUUGUGGGUGUCAAGAAAUGGAUUAUAAUGCCGCCGGGCGAAGAGCUCAAACUGAACGAUCGCCUGGGAAAUCCGCCAUUCAGCAUAGACGAGAAAAUGCUAGAAGAGCACAAUGUCCGAUAUUACACCAUCAAUCAGCGGGCCAAUGAAGCCGUAUUCGUUCCCAGCGGCUGGUUCCACCAGGUGUGGAAUCUAACGGACACCAUAUCCAUCAAUCACAACUGGUUCAACGGCUGCAAUAUAUCCCUGGUCUGGCAGAACCUCAGGAACAAUUUGAAGGCCGUUUGCAAGGAGAUCUCCGACUGCCAGCAGAUGGAUAACUUUGAGGCCCACUGCCAGACAAUGCUGAGGGCCAGCUUCGGUAUCAACUACCUCGAUUUUAUAGGGCUCCUGGAGUUCAUAGCCACUCGCCGGUUGGCCGAGGAAACCUCAACCACCAAGUUUUUACUAUUCGAUAGCUAUAGGAAAAAUGAUUAUCAUGUGCAAUACGAUCUCGAGUGCUUGAGGAAGAUCACAAAGACACUCACAGAGGAUCCGACUAUCCAGCGUAGUCCCCUGCAACUGGAGGAUCGCUGCCAGCGAUUGCUCGCCCGAUUAGAAAACUAGUAAUAGCACAUGGAAAAGGCCUUGGCUUAUUUUUAUACCAAACUUGUAUUCAUAUACAACCGAUAGUCGUAAUAUUUUAAUACAGAUAUUUAAACGCCCAA